AUGGCUGGUAUACCGAAAGCUGCGCUUUACUACGCCCCGACGUCCAUCUGGUCCGCACUCGUUUGGCCGUGUAUGAUCUCUGUGGUUGGUCUGGAUGAUGGAUCUGAAGCUUCAUCUCGCAGCGAAGAAAAGGGCUAUGGCUCUGAUGAACUUGACUUUCGGAUUGUGGACAUCACCAAAGGGGAGAACUACGACCCGGCGUUUCUUCGACUGAAUCCCAAAGCAACCGUGCCCACCCUAAUAGUGCCAUACGAGAACUCGCUCACCGACGGCGUCGAGAGCCGGUACAAGGCGCUUACCGAGACGAAGACGAUCGUUGAAUUCCUGGACAAGUCCCGCUCGGCGAAAUCGCGGACACAUACGACGUCGGUCGCGCCGGCGCCGUCGCUGACGCCUGCGACCAUCGCCGCAGCGACGAUAUGCAAAGUGAUUGUGGAGGACAUCUUGCAUUCCAACGCCGCAAACCCGAACACGCUGCGCUAUGUCAAUGCAAGAGAUGUUGACAGUUUGAGGAUGCUCGCCGAGGAGACGUUGCAGACUUUGGAGCACAGGCAGCAGGCACUAAGGGCGUACAUCGCGCAAGGGGAGAGCGGGAGCGUGCAGGUGUCGGAGAAGGUGAAGAAACUGUGGGGCGAAAAGCUCGAGGCGACGGGUCUGAUCUGUGCAGUUCUGGUUGACGCCCAGAAGGACGAAUCGGCGCUUGAUGAGCAGGCAAGGGCGAGUCGGGUCGCGUUCUUUAAGACUGCGCGCCAGGCCUGGGAGGUAAAUCUUGCGGACACAUUGAAGCAACUGAGCAAGGAGAUGAUUGGGCCGUACACACUCGGCGAGCAAUUCUCGAUCGCCGACUUGCACCUCGCGGGGUGGCUAACCCGGGUGGUGAAGCUGGCUGGAGGCACGGCGAGCGACGACGGUGCAACGGUUGUGAGAAAGGUAGAGGAGUACAUCGGUGGAGGAUUUAAGCUGCCCCGCGAUUUUCUGUCCGAGCAGGCGAUACGUGAGAACUCGAAGGAGCAGAAGGCAGCGAAGGUGGGUGGGAAUAAAUCCAGGUGGGAUUGGAGAAAGGUCGUGGUCAACGGCGCAGCACGAUUGGGCGAGUAUUCACCGGUUGUGGGCGGUGAUCCGCGUUCCCGAUCGAGCAGGUGGAACCAGGAGCGUCAAAAGAUGGCAGAUGCUCAGCACGACCAACACCCAGCGAUGAGCGACCCCCGCGCAUACGACAGCGCAGACAGCUCAGACGAAGAUGACACGCCCCGCAACUCACACUCCCUCCUCGUCAGCCAGCAGCCCCCGUCCCUCUUCCUCUUCCCCCCCUCUGCCUCCUCCACCGCCAGCAACACCCCCCUCCCCUCCCGCUCAACCUCGCCCCUCCCCCAACUCGGACAGCGAACCCUCGUCGCCCUUCCUGCGCAGCAACCACGUCAGGAACCGAUGGUUGCGCAACGACAGACGCCGCUGGUGGUCAGGCGACUCCCCCCACCGCAGAAGGAGGCGCGGCGGCAGGUCCUCUCGCUUAUCUUACUCUCAGUCUUUGCUAUAUCCCUAACACUCCUGCUCAUCUACGUCCUCAAUCCAGACAAAGACCCUCUUCCAUGGCGCGCCUACUGCUCCAUUCCAUCACUAGCCCCUCCUUUCGACCGUCCUGCUCCACCCAACACACCCCACUUCUACCCUAAUUUCACAGAUGGACACAUACUCCCCGAGUUUCCCCCUUCACACUUCGACGACCUACCACCUGCAGGCGUCCUUGUGGGCGUCUUCUCCAUCGAUUCGGGCUUCGAACGCCGCAUGCUCAUACGCACGACAUGGGCGAGCCACCCUCGUAGCAGAGACGGCGCUGGUGCAGGUGAUGACGGCGUUGGUACCUCUCGCACCAUCGUACGCUUCGUGAUGGGCCGGCCACGCAAAGACUGGGAACGCAGAGUUAAGCUUGAGAUGGAAAUGUACAACGACAUUGUUAUCCUCCCUAUACCUGAAAACAUGAACGGCGGCAAGACCUAUACCUUCUUCUCCUGGGCUGCCAUCAAUGCGUGGGUUCCACCCGUCUACCGCUCCUCCGUCGUGCCCAUGCCCACCUUCUCCUACUCAAACUCCACAUCAACACCGCCCUCGCUCGCGCCACACGAUCCCUUCCUCGCCUGGUCGGAUAUCACUUCCGGACGCUCACGGCCAUGGGUCAGACCAGACUUUGUCAUUAAAGUAGACGACGACUCCUUCGUGAUCCUCGCCGAGCUCGAGGCGAGGCUGCGUGUGGAACUCCACUCCAACCCGCAGAAGAACGGGAACGCGGUCACGUAUCGUGAUGGCGAAGCCUUCUCGCCUUCGAGCGGCGCAGCUGCACCAGUAGCACGCUCACCUCUCACGUCAGCGGCAGCGGCCACCCUGGCCGACCCCGCGCUACGCGACCCCUUGAUUUACUGGGGUUAUCUCGUCACCAACCGGCUACACAUCUUCAUGGCAGGCGAGCUGUACGCGCUGUCAUGGAGCCUCGUCGACUGGGUCGCGAAGGACCCGCUCGUGAAGACCCUCACGCGCGGGGCGGAGGACAAGCAGACGGCCAAGUGGAUGCGCUCACACCCCCGUGCGUCGGAGGUGCGCUGGACGAGCGAACGCUGCUGGAUAUACGACCAUCCACGCUCAGGGACAGUGUACUCGCACGGCUUCCUGUUCCCGUCUGAGCAGUCGAGGGUGCGCCGCAGCAUGGUCGAGGAGCACGAGAGGGCGAAGAAGGCUCAGGAAACUCUGGGUGGUGCAGGCGGGGUGACGAGCCCGACGAGUGUUGAAGCGCUCGUCGAGGGCAGCGACAUGUCACAGAUACGCGAAGGCAGCCCGAUGACACCCGAGUACGCCUGGGCACACCGCGAAGGCCGCAAAGCGCGGUACGAGGGCAAACGCGUCGGCGGCACCGUCGUCGUCCACUUUAUCAAGAAGCACAUGUGGUACCUCGAGACGGCGCUGGCUCUCCUCGAGGGCGAGGAGCAGUCGGAGGCGGAGCGGUACGAGCAGGGCAGGGCGGCGUUGGAUGCUGCGGAGGCGAGGGCGAAGGCGGCCGUGGCGGCCGUGGAGCUGGAGUUUCAAAAGGAGGCAGUGGAGGCAGAAGCAGAAGCGGGGUCGAGACGGCAUACGCAGGUCGCACAGCGGCGCUCGAGAGGAAUUGUUUAUUGA